AUGUUAGUUGGUUUUCCUGCGAGAUUUAUACCUCUUGUCUGUAUCUGUAUUUUCUUGCAAAAUUUGGUGUUGUCUUCUCCGAUAAGCACAUCCCAAUGUCCUAUGAAUUUCAACUAUGUUCUGACAAUCCCGUGGGACUCAUCUGCCUGCAAAAACAAUGGAGAAAAUUCUGAGUUUGAUGCCUCCGGGGGUUGUUGUCAGACUCUUAUCAGCCUUUAUGGCAUUGGAUUUGCCCAACACCUCAAGCAGACGUCUCGAUUCCGCCUUCCUGAUCUUUCCACUUCCAGUUCUUGCCUCUCUGAUUUUCAAACUAGGCUCAAUUCUCUGUCCCUCGAUAAAAGUCUUACUUCUAUGUGUUUUGAACCUCAUCGUUUCGUCAACACCACUAACAUAUGUGCCAAUAUUCAAACGAAGCAGGAUUGGCUCAUGGCUUUAGGACCGUCUACUUCCCUAGACACUGGCUGCAGCCAAAACCUUUCUGACCUCACAGCCUGUGAUGCAUGUGUUCAUGCUGGUUUUCAGGUUCAGGCUCGAUUGCUAGCAAUCGAUGGCAAUAUUUCUCACGCUAAAGGUUGCUUUUACUACGCUAUUCUAUAUGCUGCAGGAAUAGUAAAUAAGUUUGGCCCUGAAAGUGCUGGUGCACUUACCUGCAUUUUUGGACUGCCUUUGUCCUUGCAAGCAGUUUCCAGGGGUACAGGCGAAUUGCCCUUGAUAUCUGGAUCAGUUGGAGCUGGUUUUGCCAUUUCGGUCGUUCUAUGCUUAAUUGGUUGCGUCAUCUGGUGGGAUAGAAGGGAAAAAGGGCAGGAAGUUUCAGCAGGCUUUUCAAGUUUGGAAUCUUAUGUAGAUGAUAAUAAAUUGCAGCACUGGGAGCCCCAGAUUGGGUCAAUCUGUUUCAAGAGGGACGAUCUUGACAAAGCAACCAAAAAUUUUUCCUCCAAGAAUUUCAUUGGUAAAGGUCAGUUUGGAGUUGUUUACAAAGGGAAAUUACCAGAUGGAACCAUGAUCGCGGUCAAGAUCAUCAUAGAUUCAGAUUUUCAAGGGGACACUGACUUUAUCCGGGAAGUCGAGAUCAUUAGCACCUUGAAACAUCGAAAUCUAGUGCCUUUUCUAGGCUGUUGUGUCUCGAGAGGAAGUAACUACAAUGAAGAGGAGGACAAGAGAUACCUAGUCUACGAUUACAUGCCAAACGGAAAUCUACACGACCACUUGUUCUUCUCUGAGAAAGGUAAAUUCAAAGAUGGAAAGAGGCCACUUACUUGGCCUCAGAGGAAGAGCAUAAUUUUGGAUGUAGCAAAUGCACUAGCUUAUCUUCACUAUGGAGUGAAGCCUCCUGAAAAUCCAAACUCGUUCUUGAUCACGGAUUGGGCUUGGUUGCUAGUGAAAGCCGGUAGGGUAAAAGAAGCUUUUGAUCCUUUCUUGUUGGAAGGUGAGGGUUCUGUUAAUAGAUAUCCGAAAGAAAUAAUGGAAAGGUUUCUUCUGGUUGGACUUUUGUGUGCUCAUUUGAUGGUGGCUUUAAGGCCUACGAUAUUGGAUGCCCUGAAAAUGCUUGAAGGUGAUAUUGAAGUUCCUGUGAUUCCUGAUAGGCCAAUUUAUACUCAUGAAAACGUGUUCAUUUCUGCAUCGACACGGAAAAAACCGUAA